CGGAAUGAACAGCCCGGCCCGUGUCCAUGUCCAUGUCCAUGUCCAUGUCCCUAAAAGCAGGUUAACGAACUGUCAGAGCCGAGAACCGGGCCGGUACCCAGUGUGUGUCUGCAGGUGAAAGGAUGCGCUGGCUCUGGCUCCUGGGGCUCCUGGUGGCACAUGUGUCUCUGACACUGGCUAAAGGCUGGACAGGACUGUCGCGUCACCUGCUGCCGCUGGAUUUCUAUCAGGCAGAUCUGAAGGAGCUGCUUCAGAAGAUUCUGUGGGCGGCAAACGUGAAGAGAUGCUUCGGUGUCAUCACCGACGACCUUCACUAUCCCAUCUACGAUCGGAUCUACUUCGAGGCCGUGGGUCGCCGGCUGGUCCCCUUCUAUGUGGUGCGGGUGAAUGCCAGCGAGGAUCUCCGUCGGCUGCCCGGCGAACUGGAGCUCGUACUGCGUGCCAUCAAGGCCAGAGACUGCGAUCUGCACGUGAUCACCAUUCUCAAUGGCUGGCAGGUGCAGGGACUCCUCAGGUUCGUCUACGACAACCGGGCCCUCAACAUGCAGGGGAAGUUCCUCCUGCUGCACGACUCGCGGCUCUUCUCCCCGGACAUGCUCCACCUGUGGACCGUCUUUGUGAGCAGUGUCUUCCUUAAGCGGCAGCUGGAUAACAGAUUCCAAAUCUCCACUGUGGCUUUUCCGGAAAUUUUGAGCGGCGUUUUGGCUUUGAAAAAUCUCGCCCUUUGGGAGCUGGGUAAACGCAUCAACGGAAGCAUUCUGUUUGUGGACAAUACAAGUGAUCUAAUGGGUGCCGCACUGCCAGUGGCCGUUGUCGAGCAUGUGCCCAUGGUCCAGUGGUCGAACACAACGAACAGCUACCAGGGCGUUGAGGUGGAAAUCAUGAAUGCUUUGGGCCAGGCCCUGAACUUCCAGCCAGUGUACUAUCAAGCGAACGGUAGCGAGGCCACGGAUUGGGAACAGGACGAUGCGUUUGGGGAGAACAAGACCCACAUAGACUCCAAGCUUAUCGAGGAACUGGCUCUGCACAGCGCCCGGUUCGCCAUUGGGGAUCUGCACCUGUUCGAGGUCUACCUGCGGCUGGUGGAGCUCAGUCUGCCGCAUAAUUUCGAGUGCCUGACCUUCCUCACGCCCGAGUCCUCGAUGGACAACUCCUGGCAGACCUUCAUACUGCCCUUCAGCGGUGGCAUGUGGGCCGGGGUACUGCUCUCCCUGUUCGUUGUGGGGACUGUUUUCUAUGCGAUAAGCUUCUUGAACGCCAUCCUCACGGGCAGCGACCAUAGGGGCUUCUCCCGAUGCUGCCGCAGGAGCCGCGGAGGUCGUCUAGAGCCCCCGGACCCAAGCACCUAUCGACGGCUGAGCUUCCGCGUGGCCCUCAGCCGCUAUCGUCCGCCGCUGGGUGUGGGCAAGCACCGCGAUCUCUUCGACGACUAUGCCACCUGCUUUCUCCUCACUUACAGCAUGCUGCUGUACGUGUCCCUGCCGCGCAUGCCACGCAACUGGCCGCUGCGGGUCCUCACAGGCUGGUACUGGAUCUACUGCAUCCUCCUGGUGGCCACGUAUCGCGCCAGCUUCACCGCCAUCCUGGCCAACCCGGCGGAAAGGGUAACCAUCGACACGCUGGAAGAUCUGCUGCGUUCUGGGAUACCACUCAAGGCUGGGUCGGCCGAGAACAGACAGUUCUUUCUGGAUGCCACCGAUGAAGUGGCCCAGAAAGUGGGCGCCAAGAUGGAUGUCCUUGAGAACAACGAUGAUCUGACCGCUCGCAUUGCCAAGGGAGAGUGCUCCUACUACGACAAUGAGUUCUAUUUGCGAUAUAUGCGCGUGGGGGAUGAGUCCGGAGGCGUGGGAUCUGCCCUGCACAUCAUGAGGGAGUGCGUCGUUUACAUGCCUGUCGUGCUGGCCAUGGAAAAAAACUCCGCCCUGAAGAAGCGCGUGGACAGCUCCCUGCAGCACAUGAUCGAGGGCGGUCUGAUAGCCAAAUGGCUCAAGGAUGCGGUCAAACGGCUGCCGGCCGAGGCACCUGCCCAGCAGGAAGCUCUCAUGAAUCUCAACAAGUUCUGGAGCUCCUUUGUGGCCCUGGGGAUUGGGUACGUGGCAUCGAUUCUGGCACUUUUGGUCGAGCAUUGGCAUUUCAGGCGCAUCAUCAUGCGGCAUCCCAUGUACGAUGUCCUCAAUCCCAGCUUGUAUUAUAACUUUAAGCGUCUCUAUCCAGACGAAUAA